AUGAUUAAUGUUUGUGAAAUAAAUGCUUGGUGUCCUGAAGAACUGUCAAAGUCUACCGAUUAUAAAAUCAAUAUUGACGAUUUACUCAAUAUCACAGUUUUUAUAAAAACAGCUGUCUCAUUUGCACAAUUCAACAUCAAACUACGAACAGUCAAACAGGAUACUAAAUUUUCAUGUCGAUUUAACAGUGAUACUGAUCCACGUUGUCCUAUCUUUCAAAUUGGAUAUAUUAUUAAAAAGCUUCAAGAAAAAGAUCGUAGAAUAAAUCUGAAGGCUUUAUACAACCAAGGGGGCCUAAUUCAAAUUGAACAAAUAUGGGAAUGUAAUUUUGAUUAUAAUGUAAAAAAUCAAGAAUGUUUUCCAAUUUAUAAAUUCAAUUUAUUGCAAAGUGGUGAUGAUAAACUAUCGCCUGGUGUCAAUUUUCGAUUUGUUGAAAGAUAUCGUUCAAAUGAAAUAGAUUAUCGAACAACGACAAAAGUGUAUGGACUUCGUUUUGUUCUCACAAUAGCAGGUCAUGGUGGACGAUUCGAUAUACGUCGUUUAUUUCUCGCUAUCGGUAUGUAUUUACUGUCUUUGAAAAAAGCUUUAUGUUUAAUAUAA